AGCCGGAACGUCUCGGGGCUGCGCGAGGCCCUGCAGAGGAAAAUCGGGGCCCUGGAGCUGCAGCUGCGUCUCCAUGGCAACGGCUCCCAUCACCAUGGCAACCACCAGCACGGCCACCACGACGGUCACCACGGCAACCACCAGGAGGAGAAGCAUCCCCACGGUUUCCAUGGCAACCACCACGGCGAUCCCCAUGGCAACCACCACCAGGAGAAGCACGGGGACCACGCGGAGCAUCACGGUUACCAUGGCAACCGCCAUCACCAGGAGGAGGAGAAGCAUCCCCACGGUCACCAUGGCAACCACCACCACAACCAGGAGGAGGAGAAGCAUCCCCACGGUUUCCAUGGCAACCACUACCACCACGAAGGUCACCACAGCGACCACCACGGUCACCAUGGCGACCACCAGCGCGGUCACCACGGCGACCACGAGAAGCACGGGGACCACCAGGCUGGUCUCCAUGGCAACCAUCACCAGGAGAAGCAUCCCCACGGUUUCCAUGGCAACCACGAGAAGCACGGGGACCACCACGAGAAGAACCUCCACGGUUUCCACGGCAACCACGACGGUUUCCACGGCAACCACCACUCCCACGGUCUCCAUGGCGACCACGAGAAGCAUCCCCACGGUCUCCAUGGCGACCACGACGGUCUCCAUGGCAACCACCACCACGAGAAGCAUCCCCACGGUUUCCAUGGCAACCACAACGAUCUCCAUGGCAACCACCACCAGGAGAAGCAUCCCCACGGUUUCCAUGGCAACCACGCCCCCCACGAUCACCACGGCAACCAGCACCCCGGUUACCACGGCGACGGCGCCAAGGCCGCCGACCCCUCCAGACCCCACGGUUACCACGGCAACCGCAGCGCCGCCCUCCACAGCAACCACCCGCCCGGUCUCCAUGGCGACGGCAAGCCCGGCAACCGGCUGGAGGCCGGUAACCAUGGCAACCGCCCGCAGCACCAGCACCUCCUCCAUGGCAACCGCUACGGCGGUUUCCGGGCGCCGUUCCCCCUCCGCACCAAUUCCGUGUUUGCCCGG